UUCUAACUCUAGCGGAUUCCCAUGUUGUCGAGACAGCUCUUGUUGAUUGUCGACUUAUGCGAAGGUAUCACAGUAUGCAUUUUUUCGCCUUCGCCUUCACUGGUUUGUUAGUAUACUAGCAGGAGGUAUGGAUCGAAAAGCUUACCUCUCGCAUGCGUCACAGACCCUAACACCGAUAUUAAUAUAUGACUAGCUUAGUCCCAUUUUUAAGAAGCUGGAUUUCGUACAAUGAGAAUAUGUUUUACGGAGGCCCAACUGGUCCAUGCCCCAUCCUGUCUUGUCUGACAACCGAGGACGUCGAUUGAAUGCUGCAGAAUCUGUAUAGGGAUUCUGCUGAAGGUUGACUCUAUUAGCACAAGAUCCUGCUCUGUGUCAAUAUGCGUUCGAGCCCACGAUUUUCGACGGAAUUCCAACGGAUGCUUUGCUUCGGGCACCCGGACGUACGGCGACCAAGAUAUUAGAGCUUCCAAAGCUUGCGACGACAGGACACCAUCCACAGUCCCCAAGUGCUCUCAGUAGGCAGUUUUUGGAUACUCGAUAUAGCACAAACUUCGUUAACAUUGAGGCUGAAUUGAAUUCAAAACGUGGUGCAUAGUUCAACCGCCAGACCUUUCAGCAACUUUUCAUUGGGCUUGCCAAUGUUGAGAUAUGGUCGAGUUUGAUUACUGAACAGGCAGAAACUUGUUAGGAGUAGAUUUCCACCUAAUAUGCCAUGAAGAGACAGGUGUUGUUCUGAUGUAUAAAGUUUAAGAGUACGCUGGAGGGUAUGAAUCGACUACAAUCCAACUAUAGCUGCUAUCGCAGCUCGCUCCCAGACGUAGAUCUUUGGGCUAAUAUGACAGCAGUAAACACAUCAACUCUCGAGCACGAUACUUUCAAUUACAUAAAAAAAUGGAAUAUGCAGGAUAAAGGAAGAAAUGAUUCUUAAUGCCUCUAAGCAAAUCCUUCCACGCCAACUAUCUAUUCGACCCCUAUAACCAGCUCCAAUGGAAAACCCAGUGUCGGUAAAGAACGAAGAGAAGCAAAAUAUUUAAAGAGAACUCCUAUGCCUGAUGAAAUAGCACAUCUCAAAAAGAAAAAAACUCCAUCCGCAGUCGUUGCAUCAUACAAGUCACUUCCCUCCCCCUACAACUCUGGAUCACAUCAUUCCUAUCAAUUAAUCAUUUCCGAUACAGAUUCCUUGGACUAGCAUAUUCGAUGAUAUGAUGCAUCUAUUUCUAUCCUUGUUGUCAAGGGAUAGAACAAGAGGUACAAUAGGAGUGCGCGCAAUCCUACAGCACCAGCCCCACAUAC